GCCCCGCCCGCAGCGUCUUGACGUAGUUGCACGGACAACGUGCACCCACAUUCAAAGCCCACAGGGGGCCGUCCUCGGUGAUGCACCUCGUGCUGCGCAGGCGCAAGCAGCAAGGCGCUGGAGCCGGUGUCAUGGAUUGUGUCAACCGGGUGGCUAAACUUUACAGAUCUGUAAUUGAAGAUGUGAUUGAAGGAGUGAGGGAUCUCUUUGCUGAAGAAGGUGUGGAAGAACAAGUCUUAAAAGACUUGAAGCAGCUCUGGGAAACAAAGGUUUUGCAAUCUAAAGCCACAGAAGACUUCUUCAGAAAUAGUGUUCAUUCACCUCUGUUCACUCUUCAGUUGCCACACAGCUUGCACCAAACAUUGCAAUCAUCAGCAGCAUCGUUUGUUAUUCCUGCUGGUAGAACUCGUCCCAGUUUUACCGCAGCAGAACUGGGCACCUCAAACUCCAGUGCAAGCUUUACUUUUCCUGGUUAUCCUAUUCAUGUACCGGUGGGUGUGACACAGCAGACUACAUCUGCUCACCUUUGUAAAGUCAGUGUACCAUUUAUGGUGACACAGACUUCUGAAAGAGCAAGUAUUCUUCAGCAUCCAGUUCAGCAAGUAUUUCAGCUGCUUGGGCAGCCGUCAAUAAUACAGACCAGUAUUCCACAAUUAAACCCAUGUUUUCUUCAAGCAACUACUGAAAAAUCACUGAGAAUGGAAACUGUGCUCCAGCAACCUAUAGUUCUUCCUUCUGAGACAGUGGAUAAGAAACAUUUAGAAAACACUACCAGUGAUAUUCUUGUACCUCCUGGAAAUGAGCAUAAAAUCAUAUCUGAAGCUUUAUUGAAUCAGCUGGAUUCCAGUUCUCAGAUGGAUUUAAGCAUUCGGGUAACUGAUGGUGACGUUAAUGAGAUAAUUCAAAUAGGUGGAACUGGAGAUACAUCUUCCAAUGAUGAAAUAGGAAAUACAAGAGAUGUAGAUGAGAAUGGAUUGCUAGGGAUUACUGAUGCAGGAGACCUGAAGGUAACUGAAGAAGAAACUGGCAGUGUAUCAAAUGAAGAUUCAAGUGUAAACAGUAGUGAUAAUGAAGACCCUGAGAUAGACCUUUUGGAAGAAGACCCUUUAAAUUCUGGAGAUGAUGUUAGUGAGCAGGAUGUGCCAGACCUGUUUGACAUGGAUAAUGUGAUUGUCUGUCAGUAUGAUAAGGGCAUCAUCAGACAGGAGAAUGACCAUGGAGGAGAGGCUGUGGUGGACAGCCCCACACGGGGCAAGGAGGGAACCUGCAGUUUCCAGGACCUGGUAGAGCACAGUGGGCAUCUCUCUUUAGUGUCAACUCAAGCACACAUGAUUUCAUUUUUUUAUGUUUUAUUACUGUUUUUUUUUUUUUUUUCUUUUUGCCAGGAAAAAAUGGGAGAAGCCUUGACUAUUUUAGGAGAGCUUUAUCAGUUUUUAGUUGAGAUCAACUAUUUGUUUUCAAGGUAAUAGCACAUAUUUCUACCACUCUCAUCCUUCCCAGCUAAUCUGGGAGGUCAGUGCUAAAGGAUUAGGUUUGCCUCUCUUGGAAGAAAAAAAGAAAAGGCCCUCAGUACAGUCAGCUGAAGCAGGUCAUUUCCCCUCCCAAAACACUGCUUAAGCAAUGGGACCAUUCAGUUUUUUUCAGUGGAUGUUUGACAUUUAUCAAAUUCCUAAACUGUGCUAUGCAACUGAACUUCCUGUCUGCUAUCAGUGACUUGUGCAUUUUUAACACUUGCCAGAUACAUUUUGGUAAUUAUGUAGUGAAGAAUUAAAUUUCCCCAAA